AUGGCGCCGGCGAUAGUCCACCUCCCCAACCGUCAGACGUUGAGCGUGACACCCGUCUUUGGCGGGCUGUACUUCAAAGCGAACGACCUGAGUGCACACCGUAGUGUCUUCCCUCCCGGCUGGACCAUCAUCUUGAAUAGCGAAGACGACGACGACGACGACGACGACGACGACCACAAACCAUUACCGGGUGCCGCGACCACCCACGAUACUUCUGCCGACAGAAGUGCAACGGAAGGCGUGCCCAAGGCAAGACACAUACACCGAUUCAAGCGACCAACUUUGAGAAACGACCACCUCUUCAUCUCCUCCAUCUCGAACCCGGCCAGCAAUGACUUCCGUCCGGCCACGAGCCCGACGCGGCAGAUCGCGAUGAUGCUGUGGGCGACACUGUAUUGGUACUUUCACCAGCAAGAGCCCGAACCACAACUCCGCAAUGCUACCUCCGAGUCGACGCCUGACGCAGGAAAGCCAAAGGGAGAGUGGAGGAUCAACAUCAACAGAGAGGGCAUCUUCACCAGCAAGCACUUGCUGCCCAAGAUGGAGCGCAUGGGCCUGAUCGCAUCCGAGGACAGCACAGUAGGCCUCGACCCGGAGGAUGGCACCAAGAACCAGAGCGAAGGUUGGACACAGAUGUUCGUCUCGAGGCGCUCUUUCUGGCAGCUUGAUCCAAGAGUCUACCUCUUCACGCUUGCUCCACUGCAGACGAACUCGCCAUACCCUGCAAUGAGUCCUGCUGGCAGUCGUCCAGCCAGUCCUGUCAGAAACAGUCAGAUUCACGAAGAACGCUCAAGUACGCCAUUGGGCUUGCAGGCCACAGCACAGUCUGCUCUGGGCGCGGGCCAUCGCGCAAGCACGCCCCCGGGGCCCUUUCACUCAUCCUCCCAUCUUCCGACAUUCUACCCACCUCCACCUUGUCAAUACACCUCCACGAACAAUAUGCGCCAUCCGAUAAGACCGAAGCCUCCACGACAGGGCGAGACCUUCUACACGCGCUAUGUUCCCAGUCUGGGACAAUACCUCAGCUUUCGAGUAGCCUCCCUUAGCAAGCGGCCCAUCGUGUACAGGGGACCUUUCUCCCAGCAUGAUGGCGCAGACCCGAUGCAGUCCGGGAGGGAUAUUUCGCGUGCUACCGCCAGUUACUCCGCGCCAAAGGUGCCGACAAUCGGCGACCUCACCGUUGAAGAACGUGAUUCCGACACGGCCCGCAUGACUGACGUCGAGAUUCUGCACAAGUGGAUGAACGAUCCUCGCGUGUCCCAUUCGUGGGGUGAACAGGGUCCCAUCGAACACCAGGAACAGUUUUUGAAGCACGGCUUGACGUCGAGGCAUUCUAUGCCCGUCAUUGGCUGCUUCGACGGCAAGCCGUUCGGCUUCUUCGAGAUAUACUGGGUCAAAGAAGACCGCCUAGCGCAGUAUCUUGGCGGUGAGGUGGCCGAUUGGGAUCGUGGUCUCCACGUUCUUGUUGGUGAGCAGGAUUUCCGAGGGCCUCACCGGAUAAAGGUGUGGCUGAACGCACUACUGCAUUUCUGCUGGCUAUCUGACUCGAGGACUAACGUCGUGAUGAUGGAGCCGAGGGUUGAUAACGUGAAGCUCAGGAAGUAUUGUGAACAAGUUGGGUUUUAUAGAGAGAGGGAAGUGAGUCUGCCGCACAAGCAGAGCAAUUUGAUGAAGAUACGCAGAGAAGCCUGGGAAGCGCCGGCGUUAUGA